AUGGAUAUAUUGAAUGAUGAGCUUCAGAACAUGCGAGACUUCGGCAAAGAUGUUUCGGAGCGCUGCGAUUGUGCACUAAAAUACACUCAUGGACUUCCUUAUGCCUGUGAGCUAAGGGAGGCACACACUGUACGUAGAAAUAUUACGACCGACGACAUCCACAACUUCUGGAGCUCACUAGAGGUGACGCAACCAGGUCAGCAGAGUGCAUCGGCGAGUGGAUGGACAGAUCAUGAUUAUUUUCGGUGGCUUGCCGAGGAGAUUGAAGCGGCCGACCUUGCGAUUGUACGAUACCUAAACCAUCUCAUCGACUCUCAACUUCACCCUGAUCAACAGGGAUACACAGAACCUGCAGUGAAGGAAAAUCCGAGAGGUCGGCCCAAGAAGAAAAAUUCAACAAAACGCAAUCUAUCGAGAUGGGAGUACAGUGAAAGAGGUCGUACGGCGGGGCGUAAAAGUACUUCUUCAUGUGCUUCAUCGCAAUCGGGGUACACGGAAACAGGUCGUCGGCCGGGGCGUAAGAGCACUUCUUCGUGUGCUCCGUCGAUGUGGGACUACAGGGAAAGAGGUCGUCCGGUGGGUCGUACAAGCACUUCUUCGUGUGCCCCGACAAGCUCAUCGUCUCAAGAUCCGACAGAUACUUUCGAGACGGAUUUUUUUCAGUACCAACAUCGUGGUAGGAUUCCCUACGUAGUUCACAGCUACGUACAGAGUUAUCUGGAUGUGACGCCGGACGGGAACUGCGGAUUUCGGGUGGUUGCAAGUUACAUUUAUAGGGAUCAACAGAAGUGGGAUGUGGCAAGAAGAAAUAUUGCAAAUGAGAUUGCAGCCAACAUUCAUUUGUACGCUCCAUUUUAUUGGGAUGGGGUCGACGUCGCAAUCGAUCGUAUAAGAUGGGACGGGGGUCCUUGUGGCGAGGAGCAUUGGAUGAAUGCUACGGGCGACCUCUUUGCUAUUGUUACACUGUUUAAUGCAGUUGUCGUGUUGUUAAGCUAUGGUCCCAACGAUAACAAUAUGGGCAUGGCCAGCAUGACGGUAUUCCCGAUCCACGCACCAUCCACGGCUACACGACCUGACUGUGAGAUCGUCAUAGGUCAUCUUGGUUCCUACGCGCACUUCAUUCGUGUCAAUCUGUGUUCUGAUUCUCCAUUACCGCCUUUGUGUUAUUUUUGGGAGAAAUACCGAGAUGUUUCGGUUGAAGAUUGGCCGUAUCAGUACCAGAGCAGGUUCCAGUUGUGGAAUGAUAUUCGUACUGCAGCUGGAAUUUGA